UCGCCAUUGUGUUUGAACCGCUGUAUAUAUAAUUUAAUAUCGUACUAAUAACAAACUAUUAAGAAAGCGGAACUACAUAUUAGGUCUUUGUUCUCAGUCGAACUGAAAUGUGUGACGUACUUCCUCUUUAAGAGAAGGAACAUGGCUGCUAACGCAGAGGUUGUUGCUCCCAGCAGUGAAGAGGAAGCCGCAGAGACUCCAGCAGCACAGAAGAGGGAAGAGAGACUCAGAAAGUUCAGAGAGCUUCAUUUCAAGAGGAAUGAGGCCCGAAAGCUGAAUCAUCAGGAGGUGGUGGAGGAGGACAAGAGACUGAAGCUGCCGUCAAACUGGGAGGCCAAGAAAGCUCGUCUAGAGUAUGAACUCAUGGUGGACCAAAAGAAAAAGGAGUGUGCGGAGCGCGGCGAGGACUAUGACCGUGUGAAGCUCCUGGAGAUCAGUGCUGAAGAUGCAGAGAGAUGGGAGAGAAAGAAAAAGAAGAAAAACCCUGAUCCAGGAUUCUCAGGGUAUGCUGAGGCCCAGUUGAGGCAGUACCAGAGACUGACAAGGCAGAUCAAGCCGGAUAUGGACAACUAUGAGAGACAGAGAGAGGAGUGUGGAGAAGAUUUCCACCCCACCUCCAACAGUCUGAUUCACGGCACUCACGUUCCCUCUAAAGAGAGCAUCGACCGCAUGGUGGACGACGUGGAGAAACAGAUUGAAAAGCGCUCAAAAUACAGUCGGCGCAGGGCCUACAACGACGAUGCUGACAUCGAUUAUAUCAACGAGAGGAACGCCAAGUUCAACAAGAAGGCUGAACGUUUCUACGGCAAAUACACCGCAGAGAUCAAACAGAACCUGGAGAGAGGAACUGCCGUGUAACCAUAGAGACUGUUACUAUGGACUCCAACCCUAGCAAGCAACCAGAAGUCAAUCGCAAAUAUUUUUAAGAUGUGUUUUUUUUUUUUUUUUUUUUUUUUUUUCUCCCUCUCCAUAUUCUCUUAGAAAUUUUUCAUUCUGGCAAAAUGAUUUGCCUGCAGUGGGAAAGCAGAUGUCUACCUGUCAGUGUUUUGCUUUUGUGUGUGUAAAUUCAUUCAUUUCUGCAGCAGUUGAUAUUUACUUUAAUAAAACAUUUUCAUUUCAAACACAA